CUCCUCGUGAGCAGAUAGAUGUAAGAGGAACGGCUCCUUUUCUGAGGGCCGGCAUCGUGUGUGGCCGCCCGGCUUGCAGCUCCCUCAGGCGGAGUUCAAGGAGGCGGAAGGUUGAGGGCAAGGAAGCAGAGCCUGUGAGGGGUUUUAGAACAUCCUGAAAGAAACUACUGUAACCCAGAAACUGAAGGACAUUUUUUGAACUCCUUAGUGCAGUAUUUUGGUGACAACCUUGGGACAAAUGUUAAAACAAUGCCCUUACUAGAAGAAACAACUCUGCCUGUGGAUCCACCAUUGACUUUGCCAAUGGUAGUAAUAGGUAAUGGACCUUCAGGAAUUUGCCUUUCAUACAUGCUAUCUGGAUACAGGCCUUAUUUGUCUCCUGAAGCUGAACAUCCAAAUCCUAUUUUGCAUAAUAAAUUAAAAGAAGCUAGUCAUCUUUCUAUUGUUGAUCAGGAGUUAGAGUACUUGGCUGAAGGCUUAGAAGGCCGCUCUUCAAAUCCCAUUGCAGUUCUCUUUGAUACGCUGCUUCAUCCUGAUGCUGACUUCGGAUUUAACUAUCCACCUGUUCUUCACUGGAAACUAGAACCACAUCACUAUAUUCCUCAUAUUGUCCUUGGCAAAGGACCACCUGGUGGAGCUUGGAAUUGUAUGGAAGGUUCUAUGCGGACUAUCAGUUUUGGAGACUGGAUGGAAUUACCUGGGUAUUCAUUUAAAGACUGGGCUGCUACUAAGCGACGAACUGUAACAUGUGACAGAGUUCUUCCAGAAGAGGUUGCUAGUUAUUACAAGCACUAUGUUAAAGUCAUGGGCCUGCAGAAGAACAUCCGAGAAAAUACGUACAUAACAUCCGUGUCAAGGCUUAGUCGAAAACAGGAGCAUGAAGAUGAAAGUCAAGUGGAUGAAGAUGUUUUGCCACAUUUGCAGUCAGAAGAACAAGGUGGACAAAUAACCCUGAUCAAGAGAAACUGGGAAAUCAGAGGCUAUCAGAGAGCAGCAGAUGGCUCUCAUGUGCCAUUUUGUUUGUUUGCUGAGAACGUGGCUCUUGCCACUGGAACUUUUGAUGCUCCCGGAUGGCUCCAUGUUGAAGGAGAAGACUUUCCCUUUGUGCUCCAUUCCAUAGCUGAGUUUGGUACAGCCAUCAACAAAGGAAUAUUACAUGGGAAAGUUGACCCAGUCUUAAUCGUAGGUGGUGGACUCACAGCUGCUGAUGCAGUUCUCUGUGCUUAUAACAACAACAUUCCUGUAAUCCAUACAUUCCGUAGGAGAGUCACUGAUCCAAAUUUAAUUUUCAAACAGUUGCCUAAAAAAAUAUACCCAGAAUACCAUAAGGUCUACCAUAUGAUGUGUACUCAGUCAGUUACUACGGCCUAUAAUUUACAUCCUGGCUAUACAAGUUUUCCUGAACAUCAGGUACUUUCAUUUCAGCCAGAUAUGAAGUGUGUUCUUCAGAGUGCCUCUGGAUUGAAGAAGAUCUUAAAGUUCUCUGUAGCCGUAGUAUUAAUAGGUUCACAUCCCAACCUAUGCUUCCUAAAGGACCAAGGCCAAGGUAUAGGCCAUAAUCCAAAUGAGCCAAUUACUUGCAAGGGUAACCCUAUUGAAAUUGACCCAUAUACCUAUGAGUGCACAAAGGAACCCAAUCUUUUUGCUGUAGGUCCACUGGUUGGAGACAACUUUGUACGGUUUUUAAAAGGAGGUGCACUGGGUAUUACACAAUAUUUGUCUACAAAGCAGAAAAAGAAGCAUCCAUUCAUAGUUGAAAGAGAAAGAGAUGGAGUACUCUAAAGCAAACAGCCAUAAACAUUAUCCAAAGAACUACAGAAUAUGCUAAUAAGUGAUGCAUUAACAUCUAAAGUCAUUGGCAGCCUUGUUUUUGUUAUAUAUACCAGUUCUGCAUACUUGCAUUGCCUUUUAGAGGAGGAUUAUUCCAGCCUUUGCCAAAUACAAAGAUACUGUUUUCUUGGAUCUGCUUCCAGUUCAAGUAACAGUAAAUUACAGUAACUCAUGUUGAUUUGCUUUGGUUUCAUAUCCUAGUGAAAAUUCCUCUCUACAAAAGAAAGUUUUUACCCAUCAAAUAGCUGUUUUUGCAAAACUAGGUCAAAGUGUGAGAAUUUCACGUUAAGAUAAAUAUUCAGCAGCAUAUUUGCUGCAAAAAUAUAUUUGCUUCAUCUUGACUCCAAUAGCAACCACAUCAAACAUUUUAAAGUGGCAUAUGAAGUAUUUUUUUGCUGGUGGAGAGCAUACCACAUAUUUAGCUUCCAUUGGUAAUUGGAAACAAUUGUCAUUAAAAUGGAGAUACACUGUAACAAAGGUGUGGUGCCAGUGAUUUGGCCUCUACUGCAAUGAUGUUAAAACAAAGUGCCCUACAAGCCCACUUUACGGCAUCACUAUGACAGAUAUUUUAAUGAAUGUACUAUUGUAGUCCAAACAUUAAUGGAAGCAGAGUGUUUAUCUUACAGCCUGUUCAAUCUCAGUUCAUUUAUUGGUAAAAGGACUCUUUUAGCCAAAGCCCAGCAAAGGAGUUGAACUCAUUUUGAGUGUGCCAAGGUCUCACCAUUAAUUGUGCCUAUUCUGAAAUUGGGGGUGGGGUACUUAGUAGUGUACUUAGCAGUACUAAGGCCCUAUUAUUAAACAUUCACUCACACUCCAACCCCACAACUCAGAAAGCUGAAUCUGAAAUUUCAAUCCACUGGUCAUCAUCCAAAGAAGCAUAAGUGGCAGGGAAGAACCUUUAUUUUGUUUCUGUUACUGCAGAGCAACAAAUUGUUAACCAUGGAAUCUGCAGCACUAGAAACAGAGUAUGUGAUUCUUUUAAAUACUCUGAAAGAAUUUUGAUGCAUUAUUGCAUACUUAAGCUCUGAAACACCACUGGUUCUAUGUAUUUUAAGCAUACUUAAAACACCACUGAUUCUAUGUAUCUUAAGCAUACAGUACUUAACUCUGGAUUACCUUUUGACUGGUCUCCACCAGUACAUAUCAGGUAUGCACAGCAGAUAUUUUUCCCAAUACAGUUUCUAUUUCUCUUAUCCACAGUCCCCCAAACAUUUUAUAGCAGUCAGUUGCUUACUAAAGAGAAUUUUUAAGCCUGUAGUAUUUGCUAAUAAUUGAACAAGCACUAGUGAGAAAAACCUGAAUGUGUUACAUUAAUGGCAUUAUGGAUAAGGAAAGAAAUAACCUAGCAAAAGGGAAAAUACUUGUACUAAUUCAGAUCCCCCCCCUUGUCUAUUGUGGAGUACAGUACAUAACAUAGUAAUUCUGAGUUCAUGUUGCAUGUGGGAUUAAAAGGAUGUUCAGUACUUCUGAAGUCAGAGAUACUAUUUUUCUCCUUUUGCAAAUAUGCCUGCUUUCCAUUUUUUGGGGGGGGUUGUACAGUACGUUAAUACAGAGAACCUCAGGAUCUGCUGAUAAGAUUUUAAAUAAAAGCAAGGCAUUCCUUACAGCUGCCUUUUUCUCUCUCAAAUACAUUCUCUCCGUCUGUAUGCGUAAACACUGUGCCUGUUGGUUGGACUUAAAAUUACGAAUGUUAUGUUUGUAAACUCAGGUUUGCCACCUCCGACUUAAGAGGCAUGUAAAAGUCAAAUUCACUGUGUCCCAAAGAGACAACCAUUGUACGCAAGAGAAAGUGUGUAUACAUCAGGAUUUGUUGAGGGUUUUUUUCCCCGAGUCCCCUUCCAAGGAGUAGACAACUUUUAAAAACUUAGCCAAAUAAAAAUGCAGAUUGAACAUUUAUUAAAUAUGCACAUAUGUUGAACUUAGAUGCAUGUGAACAGUUGGAUCAUAGCCACUGUAUAUUUUAAGACAUGACUCUUUAAACUAUUGUGAAGUAAUUUAAUAAAUACAAAGGCAUGAGGAACAUUAA